AUGGGUCUACAGGUCAAGUGGCCUCAGAAGAUGAGAGCACCUGAUUCCUUCCGGAACCCAAACCGGUGGUCCAACUUCCAUAAUGACCAUGGUCACAAGAUGGAAGAUUGCGUCGCACUAAGGAACGAGGUCAACGAGCUGCUGAAGAAAAGACACCUCUAUUUUAUCGGAAGUUUUUCCGACGUUGAUUUUGUCGUAACCGAUUUUGACCCCAAUAACCUCCGGGAGUUCCUUUCCGAUAAAGCCAAGAAUCUCCUCAAUAAGGAAACCAACAACCAGCCCAUUGAAGUUGUUCAUGCUUCACCUCCCAGACAUGAUAAAGUGAUCCAUGUCAUCUCCGGCGGUUCUGAAUCUCUUCACCACGACGCCUUGGUCAUAUCGCUCACUGUAGCAAACUGCCUAAUAAGAAGGAUACUGGUGGAUAACGGGAGCUCUAGCAACAUCUUCUUCCAAGCCGCCUACUGGGACCUGGGACUGGAAGAAGGCGCUCUAAAUCGCAAGGUCACUCCGCUCAUAGGAUUCAGCGGAGAGGUCAAUCAGACCGUCGGGGAAAUCAUUCUCUCAGUAUAUGCCGAAGGAAUCAACAUGUACAACAUGAUACUCGGACGACCGUGGAUUCAAAGCAUGGGAGCCGUCCCAUUGACGCUUCGCCCGAUGGUUCCCUACUCUCUGGGGCAUAAAAGCGAUCAAAUGAGAUCAGGAAAACUCCAUGUCUUGCUAUAA